UUUAAUUUUAAUCGGGUUACCCUAACUGGAGGUAUAUAAAGUGCUGGUGUUAGGGUUUUAGGUUAUACUUGGUCUUUUGUUGGAUCACUGUUGCAGAAAUCCUUUUUCUGACGGCAAAUCACCAUGACGGCUCAAACUCAAGAGGAGCUUCUCGCCCAACACCUCGAACAGCAAAAGAUACUCCAUGAUGAACCUGUAGUCGAGGAUGAUGACGAUGAGGAAGAUGAAGACGAUGAUGACGAAGAGGAUGAUGAUCAUGGUGAAGGACUAGAAGGUGAUGCAUCUGGUAGGUCCAAGCAAACCAGAAGUGAAAAGAAGAGUCGCAAGGCAAUGCUCAAACUUGGAAUGAAACCUGUAGGGGGUGUCAGCCGAGUGACAGUAAAGAAGAGCAAGAAUAUCCUGUUUGUUAUCUCAAAGCCAGACGUUUUCAAGAGUCCAACUUCUGAUACAUACAUUAUAUUUGGGGAAGCUAAGAUUGAAGACUUGAGCUCACAGCUACAGACUCAGGCAGCAGAGCAAUUCAAGGCUCCUAAUGUAAGCAAUGUAGGAUUGAAGCCUGAAUCCUCUGCUAUAGCUCAAGAUGAUGAGGAAGUGGAUGAGGCUGGUGUAGAUCCCAAGGAUAUAGAGCUGGUGAUGACUCAAGCUGGUGUGUCAAGACCUAAAGCUGUUAAAGCACUCAAGGCAGCCGGUGGUGACAUUGUUGCUGCCAUUAUGGAGCUAACUAAUUAAUGGUUUGGUAUGUUUUGAAUUUGGAAUGUGUAGCUAUUUUUCUUUGUUCAUCGAAAUUUUUGCUCUCCUUGAAUUUGAAAUACUGGUUUGUCAAUUAUCUUUGUAAUUGUCGGUUUAAGGAAAAGACUCUGGACUCAUUUGCGACUAGUGCAUGUUCAAUGCCAAGAAUGACACUCAUAAUUAUCAGUUAUAUAGAUACUUCCCGUUA